AAAUCUGUCUUAGAAUCAGUCCAUCCCACAGCUUCCUGCUGCAGACAGGGCGAACACUUCUCACUUCCUGUUGAUGAGCGUCUGACUCAGACUGGGUGCUUGUGGUUUAAAGUUUGUACAAUAACAUUAUUACCUCAUGAAACAGGAAGGGAAGACUUUUUUUUUUCUUGUGAAGGAAGAAGCAGCUCAAAAUCAGAGCGGCGUGAGGUUUCAGACAGUCGGCUCUGGUCGUAGCUGAUCAUGGAUCUGCUUUGGAUCAUCCUCCCGGUGCUUCUGGGUCACGUUCAUGCCGAGAACGUGAUCGAGGUGAAGGUGCUGCUGGGUCAAAGCAGAACCUUAAACUGCUCCAUUAAUGACACGCAGAAGAUCUACUGGUACCUGGAGAUACGCAGCCGGUUCAGAGCUCUCAUUGUUGAAACGAUGAGGGAUGAUCCCAGUGAUAACAUGUACUAUGUUCAUCCAUCCAAAACCAAAUAUGAAGCCAUCGAGGGAAGAAGACUUGUGAUCAGAAACAUCACAGCAGAAGACUGCAGGCUGUAUUCCUGCGCCAGGAGGAACAGCGACAACGUUAUUUUCAUCGACACGUUCAGCAUCGUCUCAGCUCUUUCAUCAGACGUUUCCAACCAGUCAGAGGCAAACUACCAAGCGCCCGUCAGCAGUAUCUGGCAGAGUGACCUCAUCACCUGCAGCUCGCUGGGUCUGAACCUCGUCCUCCUCUUAGUGGUUACAGGUUUGGUGUCUAAGUCUCUGUGUUCGAAGAGUCAGAACUGCAACAACCAGCUGAAAGAAUCUGAUGGCUUCAACUGUGAGAACCUGGAGACGGUGGAGACGCCGCAGUACGAGGAGAUCCAGCUGGAUCGAGCCGGCCCGCCUGCUGCGCCUCCUUCAGAGUGUAUUUACUACAAAGCUCAGCUGCCUCAAGCGACGCUGCCUCGGCACUGACACCUGAGACACCUGAGACACCUGGACAGCAGCCCAGAUACCUGUAGCAUUCACUGUAUCUUUGACUUGACUACCUCAAGAAAACACUACAGACGAACCAGUCAGAGGACUGGUUAUGUCUGACUGUGACCUGAGCCGAGCUGCCACUGUCGUCAGAACUUUCUCCCUCCGGGUGGUUAACGCUUCUCAUCUUUGAGGAACCCCAUCAGAACACCAUCUGUUUGGGGUUUCAGACAUUGGCUGUAAAUGAACUGAAUGAUUAUUUAUAUGUAUGAGAGACAAACCAAAACCUCAAAGCUUCUGUUGGCCCAGUCUGACUUUUGUAGACACAGGUCUUGUGGUUUGACCUGAGUUUGAGCAGCAUCAAAUGUUUAUUCACCAGCGAGGCCUCUUGUCAUGUGGUGGGUUGAAGCUCACAGUGAAGUUCCUGUUUUGUUGUCAGAGCUUCAUCACAGCAGCAGCUCCACCGCUGAUCAGUUAUUCAGUCUGUCAAGAAACUCUGUUUGCAUGAACCAUCCUGAACUUCUCUCAUCUGUUUCUGAAGAAUUGUUCUCUUUCCAAAAUUAACCUCAGAACUGCCGUCAGUUUAAAAUUAAUCACAAUUCCUGUGAAAUACUUCCUGUUUAUUGUGCAACUUUGGACCUUCUAGACCUGAGUUGGCAAAUUUCAGUCAUCUCAUGAGUGUUUUGAUGACUCAGCAGUGUUUAAGUUCAUCCGACUCAACUUGUGAACUGGUUGAGUAACAUUCAGCCUGCGGGCUCGAGCCUCAUUUCACAAAGAAACGAAUAAUAAAACUAAACAUCCAAACUAGGAGGUCUCAGUGCAGUGAAAAGCUCUGCUUGGUUCUAAUAGUUCCCUUUGAUUAAAUCUAAUAUCAAAUACAUGUUUAAAUCAGAGCCACAAGUUAUUUCCUGAAAUAAUGUACGAAAAUGUCAAAAACUGAUCCAAAGAUUUUUCGAUCCAUCCCUUUUUUCUGGAUCUGCACCAAAAGUCAUCAGGACCUGUUCUGGGCUGAGACCCAACUUCUGUUGAAGUUUGGUGGAAAUCUGUGAAAAGAUUAUUUUAGUGUAAAGACGAAAGUUCCCUCUUAACUGAUGUGCAUCUCACUUCCUUUCCAGUGAUCUCUUUCAAAUGAAGAGAAGUUCUGCAGGGGAGAUUCCUGGACGUCACAGAACACGUAAACGUCCGAAAGGUCUCAGAAUUUAGACAACAAGAUAUUUAAAAUCUUUAAAAUAAUAUCAAAACAUCAAUAUACACGUCAGAGUCGUCUGCAGAUCGAUUCACUUCACACGUCCUGCACUCAGUAAUGUGGCACAACGUUAGCUUCAGUCCAUUAGCAUCUGUUCAUUCACUUCUAUUUAUUAGCAUCUAUCUGUUAGCUUCAGUCCAUUAGCAUCUCUUCAUUCACUUCUAUUUAUUAGCAUCUAUCUGUUAGCUUCAGUCCAUUAGCCUCUAUAGCAGUGAGCGUUUGUAGGAUGAGUUUUUACCCGUUGAGCUUCAUUGUGGGAGGACGUUGUUAGGAAACAGUCUGCUGAUCAGAAUGUGGGCGGAUGAACCUCUGCAAACGAGAUUUAACCUUUAAAAUAACUUUGUCACACCUUCAUGUUUUCUCCACAGUGAAAUAUUAAAUCCCAAAUGUUUUAUGUCUAAAAUAUUACCGAUGUGUUGUGCUUUGUUUUAGACUCAACGGCUCAACAGUUUUAUCUCCAUCACAGCUCUGAGCUGUGGGGUUUCUGAAGAAGUCUUCAGUCUUCAGUUUCCUUAAAUGUGUGAACAACCACAAUGAGAAGCUUGUUUGUUUGUUAAACCGCAGCAGUUUCACACAAUCCUGACAUUUCACUAGUUUUUUCAAAUGCAUUCGAGAUUGAAAACAAGAUUAAAACCUCCAGAAAACUUGUAAA